AUGGACCUUUCACCCGAUCACACGCAAUCCUUCCAGGAUGCAGAUCGCGGACUCAUAGAUCGCCUUGAUCCCUGCAUAAUCACAGAUAAUCAAGACCACGCUAUAUGGGACAAUGAAGCUUACAAUUUCUUGGCCGAAACAUCUGUUCCAAAUACCGCAAACCCUUCUCUAUGGCGCCAGGCUCAACUUGUUGCGAAACAAGGCCUUUACAAAGUUGUCGACGGCAUAUACCAAAUCCGAGGCUUUGAUCUCUCGAAUAUUACUUUCAUUGAGGGAGAAAAGGGGAUAAUUAUCAUCGAUUCCCUUACUUCUGCUGAGUGUGCCAAGGCUGCGCUUGGUCUCUACCGCAAAAAUCGUGGCAACAGGCCCGUGGUAGGCAUGAUCUACACCCACAGUCAUGCUGAUCACUUUGGCGGAGCAGGGGGAAUCAUAUCCAAGGCUGAAUCUACCAAGAUACCGAUAAUUGCUCCUCAAGGCUUCCUUGAGCACGCUGUCAGCGAAAAUAUUUUCGCUGGCAACGCUAUGGCUCGCAGGGCAGGAUAUAUGUAUGGUUAUGAAUUGGCAAAGAAUCCCCGUGGCCAGAUCAGUUGCGGAUUGGGAUCAACCCUCUCCUCCGGAACAGUUACAAUUAUCCCUCCAACCCUCGACAUCACUCAUACCGGGCAAGUGGAGGUAAUUGAUGGAGUGGAACUAUUCUUCCAGAUCACGCCGGGAACCGAAGCGCCGGCUGAGAUGAAUAUUUAUCUCCCCCAAUUUCGAACCCUGUGCAUGGCUGAGAAUGCGACGCAAGGCCUACAUAACAUCGCAACGCCCAGAGGAGCUGCUGUGCGUGAUGCUCUUGCAUGGUCCUCCUACAUGGAUGAGUCAAUCAUUCUCUUUGCGGAGAAGACAGACACUAUCUUCGCAUUACACCACUGGCCGAUAUGGGGUAAUGACAGAAUAUUGGAAUAUCUCGCCGAGCAAAGGGAUUUAUACGCAUACUUGCACGAUCAGACCGUACGGUUGAUUAAUCAGGGCCUCACGGGGAUUGAAAUUGCCGAGGAUUUCUCGCUUCCCCCCAAACUCCAGUCUGCCUGGCAUGCACAAGGCUUCUACGGGACAGUUGUUCACAAUGUCAAGGCAAUCUACCAGCGUUACAUGACUUGGUUUGACGGAAACCCAUCUCAUCUGUGGGAGCACCCCCCGGUCCCCUCUGCCAAACGUUACGUUGCUUGCAUGGGUGGUGUCGAAGAAGUUCUUAGGAAAUCCGAGAGUUACAUCAAGGAAGGUGAUCUGCGUUUUGCUGCAACACUGCUUAACCACCUCGUUUUCGCUGACCCAGAAAACAAAGACGGAAAGGAAUUAUUGGCAUCAACAUAUGAAAAGCUUGGAUACGGCGCUCAGAAUGGCCCAUGGCGCAACUUCUACUUGACCGGUGCCAGCGAAUUGCGCGGCCAAAAGACGUCUAAGAAUCUACUGUCCGACCAGUCUGAGAUGAUGAAGGCGCUAUCUCUUCAUCAGCUUUUUGCAUCCAUUGCGGUGCGACUGAAUGGCCCCCAGGCUCAGGCGCAUGCCUUCACAAUCAAUUUGUACUUGACCGAUCUGGAUGAAGGAUGUCGUCUCAUUCUCAGCAAUGGUACUUUGAUUCAUCGGACUGGGUUGAAACAAACGGAGAUGCAGAAUAGUGCGGCCGACUACUCUUGCUCCAUAACACAUUCUCACCUGCUCAGUUUCUUGGCCACGGGGAAACUUGGAGAGAUCGAGGCCGAGACAGGAGACCGCUCUUGUUUGCAGAAGCUAUUGUCUUUCAUCGUGAAUUUUGAGGGAGAUUUCAACAUUGUCCUACCAUGA